AGCGUACUAGCAUGGCGGUGGGAGCAGUUGGAGUUCCGUUGUCUCGCCUGUUUCCUUGUCAUGUUAUGUUUUGUUUUAGUAUAAAUUAGAGGUGUCUUUGUAUUAAAGCCUAGACACAUCUUCACAAAACCUCUGUUAGAAUAAAACUUGUUCUUUCGAAGCGGAUACUCCAUAGAAGUGGCUUGUAGAUUCCAGGUAGCUUGCUAACUAGCAGGAAAGCAGAAAUUGGGAGAUACAAGGCAGCGAGAGGAGGAGUCGUGUUUUGGAAGAGCUGAUGCAGAUGCCAUGGCCAUAGCCGAGGAAUGGGAGUGACGUGACAGCACUGGUCCCUCUACUGCAUCAUGUCUUUCUGCUGAAGUAGAAGCAGAACUCUGAGAGAAAUGGACGAGUCCGUGUUGUUGGAUUUACUCGAGUGCCCUGUUUGUUUGGAGCGCCUGGACGCCUCUGCAAAGGUUCUCCCAUGUCAACACACCUUCUGUAGACGAUGUCUCCAAGGCAUUCUGGGCUCACGUGGAGAGCUGCGCUGCCCGGAGUGCCGCACACUGGUGGAGUGUGCCGUGGAUGAGCUCCCCAGCAACAUUCUUCUGGUGCGCCUCUUGGAUGGCAUCAAGCAGAGACCUCGCAGGGCUGGUCCUGGAGCUGGGGUCUGCACAAAUGGUACGUCUGGAGCCGUGGCCAGGGCGCACAGCAGUGGGUCCAGGGAGCAGGGCACCCCAGGAGCACAGCCCCAGCGAGCUCAGGCUAAGAGCACCCUUGUCCGGGGUGUCCCACAGCUCCCAUGUGCCAAGGCGCUCUACAACUAUGAUGGCAAGGAACAGGGUGACCUCAAGUUCAGCAAGGGUGACAUCAUCAUCCUGCGCCGGCAAGUGGACGAGAACUGGUACCAUGGGGAGAUGGGGGGAGUCCACGGCUUCUUCCCCACUAACUUUGUCCAGGUCAUCAAGCCGCUGCCACAACCGCCACCUCAGUGCAAAGCUCUCUAUGACUUUGAGCUUAAAGACAAGGAGGCAGACAAGGACUGUCUGCCGUUCUCCAAGGAUGACAUCCUGACUGUGAUCCGCCGCGUGGAUGAAAACUGGGCAGAGGGAAUGCUGGGGGAUAAAAUUGGAAUUUUUCCCAUCUCAUACGUUGAGUUCAACUCAGCAGCUCGUCAGCUUAUAGAGUUGGACAAGCCGUCAGACUCCAACGGGGACUCUGGUGAGGGGGCCUCCUCGGGGCCCCAGAGCAACGGCGCUCAGCGGGCAGGGGAGAAGAAGAACAGCAAGAAGCGACAUUCCUUCACCUCUCUCACCAUGUCCCACAAACCCAUGCUAGCUCCACCCCCCCAGCGGCACUCCAUGGAAAUCAGCGGGCCGGUCCUCAUCAGCUCCAGCAAUCCCACUGCAGCAGCACGAAUCGGAGAAAUCAGCGGGGGCCUUUCCUGCAGCGCACCUUCACAGGUUCACAUUUGCACAACUGGAUUAAUCGUGACCCCACCUCCUAGCAGUCCUGUUACUACAGCAACGGUCUUCACGUUUCCCUCCGACACGAGCUACACAUCCAUCCCUGUGGAUGCUCUCCCACCGCCACCACCUCCUCCCCCACAGUCCUCCACUGAUGGAGCAGCGUAUUCAUUGGCCGGCGGACAGAGACCCUCCCCCAGCAUAAGCGACCAAAGUGGGAGACAAAGACCCACAGUCUAUGUGGCCAUGUUCCCCUACACUCCACGCAAGGAGGAUGAGCUGGAGCUGAGGAAGGGAGAGAUGUUUCUGGUGCUGGAACGCUGUCAGGACGGCUGGUUCAAGGGCACCUCCAUGCACACUGGCAAGAUCGGAGUCUUCCCUGGGAACUACAUGAGCCCAGUCAGCAGGACGGCAUCAGGCAGCACGCAGCCCAAAGUGGCCAUGAGCCUGUGCACUCAGGCAGGCAGAGGUGUCACCAUCGUCAGCCCCUCUUCUGCUCCCCUUGGUGCAAUUGUUCCAGGUCCUGAUUUCAACAAACCCCUCACUGUGUGCUCCAACGCUGUAUCCGCCAGCUCCCAGCCUGCAGCUGUGGUCACAGCAGCUCAAACAGCCACGGGUCAGCAGCCAAAAGUCCCUCUGCACGUUAGCUCCCAGAUGACUGUGAACCAGGCCCGCAAUGCAGUCAGGACAGCUGCUUGUCACAGCCAGGACCGACCCACAGCUGCAGUGACUCCCAUGCAGUCUGUCACUCCGGUCGCCUAUCUCCCACAUCUCGCCGUAUGCCCGCAGCCUUCAUCUGGCCCUGCCCAGGGCUGCACCCGGGCUGGAGUGGCAAUGGGCUGUGCCGCUGCCUCUCUAACCCCACCCAAUGUGAGUGCUGCAUCCCUGGAGGGUGAUGGAUUGAGACCUGUUCCUGUCCUUGCUGUGCCUGUGAACAGCUCUGUCCUCAAUCCUGCCUCCAACAGCGCAGCUCUCACCUGCCGACUGGACAAGGAUGGCAAGAGGGAAAAGAAAAGUCUGCUGAAGCUGUUGUCCAAUAAGAAGAAGUCUCGUCCUUCACCGCCCUCCUCUCCCACCCUGGAGGCAGAGCAAGCUGCUGCUGGAGAGGUGCUACAUGGCGCAGUGGGCCCUGAAACCUCCCCUCCCUCCGGCUCUGUCAGCUGCCACGAGACUGAACCUGCUGCUUCUGCUGUCGCUUCUGCCUCUUCAUCAUCCUCCUCCUCCUCUUCAGCCCCAGAGUCAUCCCAUAGGAAGAGCAGCCCCCUGGAUGGAUGUGCACCCAUCGCUCCCCCUCCUCGCCAGCCGUGCUCAUCGCUCUUAUCUCAGCAACACGAUGCACGGCCCAUUAUUUGUGAGAGGUACAGGGUGGUGGUAUCGUAUCCUCCCCAGAGCGAGGCCGAGCUGGAACUUAAGGAGGGCGACAUUGUGUUUGUUCACAGGAAGAGGGAGGACGGCUGGUUCAAAGGCACACUGCAGAGGAACGGCAGGACCGGACUGUUCCCUGGCAGCUUUGUAGACAGCAUCUAACGCACACAGAGUCAAGUGAACCACGGGCAAACUCGCCGUGACCGCUGACUGCUGCUAACCUCUCUACUGUUUGUCACCGCACAAACCAAACUGAGCAGCACGCGCGAGGCUGCCGGGACCGACCCAUCGUACUGAGAGAACGCUGCAGAGAAAAACUGAACAUGUUAGCAUUGAAAGCACAGAGGACAGAGUAAGAGGAGAGCACACUACUCAUGAACUUUUUUCCUUUUUGUUGGUUAUUUAUAUCUUUGUAACAAUUCAGCUGUUAAAUGUGUGCCUUGUACUGUCCCUCACUUUAUUGUACAUAAGGACACAAAGAUGAUUAGUCCUAAAAAGACCAGUAUGAGCUGUCAAUAUAGAUAUAUUACUCAUUUUAACUUAUUGCAUAGACUGGCCUUUUUGGAGGUGGUGCAACACUUUAAGAGGUUAAGCUGGCCCAUGCCUUUCACCUUUUAUCCACUCUACUUUUCUCCCUCUGACUGCUGACUACAGUUUGGCCAUCAUCUUAAUAUAGGAGUAGGACAGGGCUGGGCAUUUUGCAAAAAAAAGUAAAUACAAAUUUUUUACAUGAUAUUAUUUGAUAAUACUGCCAGGUUUAAUAAUAGGUUUAUAUUAAGAUGGAGGCUUGCAAACAAGUGCUGGUUAAUGUAUAAGAUAUAGGAGUUCAAUUUAUUCACAUGAGCUUAAGUUGUUUGUUAAAAGCUUUUAUGUUUUUUCAUAGUAAUGAUUGAAUCAGGAUGUUGGCACAGGCUGCUAGCCAGGCUGCAGCUGAUGUUGGCUCAGCAUUUUAGGGUUAAAAUUCCCUCUGUGUCAUUAUCAGACAGAGCAGAUUUAUCCACAUAGGUCUUUUAUUUUGUUAAUGCAUGUAGGGGAAAAAACAAUAUAAGGCAAUUUCACAUUAAAAGCUUAUUUUUUCUAGUUCAGGGAUGGGACACUCACCCAUCCUUUUUGUAAAUGCUCUGCUUGUUUUAAAGUGAGGAUUCAUUCAUUGCAAGAAAAAAACAUUGCAUCCUUAAGCCCAGAACACACUGGCACCAGACUGGCGCAUCCCCGCCUCCUAACACACAUUGACAGCAGCACGUCAGCAGUCAAACUCUCCACCAGCCACUGCAUGGCCAGGUUCUUUGAUACCAGAGCCGAAAGUACGCUCAGGGAUCGCCUCACUGAAUAAGUGAGGAAACAAUAGGUGCGGUGGUAUUUCACCAGCGGCGUAGGCCUCCUGUAUAUUCUACACCACAAACAAAAGGUGGCGCUAAAUUUCUGUUGUUGUGCUCUCAAGCAGAGCUGGCUUGUGAUUGACAAAACAGCUGUUCUCUCAAGAAAGCACUCCACCAGCUGUGGCCUGUGUCCUAAAGUUAUGCGGAGCUGUGCGUCCAUUGGGCGUCUGGUCGUUGCUGGUGAGGGUUUGUCCAUAGAAAAUAAUGGGGGCGAUCGCUUUGACAUGCAUCGAAUGGUACCGGUGUGUUUUGGGCUUUACUGGCUAUAUUCUUAUCUAUCUUUUUCCCAAAGUCUAUCAAAAUUUCAACAUUCAACACUGAUUUUUAAGACCCUAAAAUGAAUUGUCUUAGGCCACUUUUACACAACAACGAUCCACUGAAAAAGGAAAUUGUCUCACAUUCUCAAAAAGUUUAGUAUUUGUGCCACAUUGUUUUGCUGACGACUACCAUUUAAACCUUGUAGCAGACAUGCUAAGCCAGUCAUUGACAGUGUGACUGUACAAUGAAGCUACACCUGCUGAUACUCCUCCUUCAACGGACCAGUGAGGUGUACACGUACAGAAACACAUGAACAUUUGUGAAGACAGACCAUGAAGUGGGGUCGCAGGUCCAAGUGGUGCAACAAAGCAAGUAAAUUUCAGUAAGAAACCAACAUAAGGAACACAGGCAUCUGCUGUCGUUUUUUGGUCCACCUACUCAUGCACAGCUAUUGAUUGGAAUUGAAAUGAGCAUGUGCAAAAAUUCUUCUCAUGCCAAGGUGACUUGCAUGAUAACAAAGACAGUGGCAUCUUUAAACAUUUCCAUCCAGCUUUCUAAUCAAACAGGAAAAUUUUUCUGAUGAAAUUGUUGUGUAAACGUGGCCGUAGUGCCCAGUCCUAGAGUAGUGAUCUAUCAGAUGCAGCAGAUCUAAAAAAAUGAGCAGUGUCAUCAUCACUUGUGCAGUGUUGUAGGAAAUUUGAUACUCCUGCAGAUCUGACAGCAAAACAUUGAUCGCCAGUCUUGCACAAUUGAAGCUCGUCUGCUUCACCUCAUGUGAAAAUUGCACACAAAGCAAAAUCUCGCCCUUCUGGCCUCUCCUGGGCCUCCAGUCUUCUGUUUCUCCCGCUCCAGCCGCAGCUGAAGUGCCAAAAACUGUUACCUGCAGCAAUCAAAUAUUUGCAUGCGAGUAGCGAAGCCUUCUGCAGGAGAUAAAGCGGGGAUGGAUGUGUUGCAGAACUGUUUGAUUACGCCUUUUUAAUAUGCCGAAAACACACUCCAAGAUAGACUUCACAGCCAGAGAUUGCUUACUUUGUACCUUCUUUGUAUUUACUGACCUGAGUAGCUUCUCUCCUGAACCGAGACGUAGCUCUGCAUCACUAGAGCGACAACACAUUUCAAGCACAACAGUGUAUAUUUAUGUUUAUUUACUAUUUCCACAGAGGCUGACAGCUGCUGCUCUCAGAAAAACUAACCUGUUUUUGUAUUUUGUACACUCUUAACUCAUUCCUAAUGUGACUUGUGGCAAUAAAAACACAGCUAGCUAAAGCACAGAAUGUUUGCCUAAAGGAACAUAUCGUCGUUUCACUCCAUGGGAUGAGAUGUGUAGUGUAAAGAGAAGGUUUUUACUGAAAUCAUUUUGACCCCUGUUGAGUUUUUGUUCUUGAGUUUUGGUGUACAUUUCAUCUUGACAAAUAUUUCAAUCUUAAGUGUUGUGUUGACUUGAAUUACUGUAAGAUGUCUUUGUGAUUGGAGGGUUUGUAGUUUGUUGCUUGUUAGGCAGGUAUAGCAUUAAUACUCUGGAGAAUGAAAACCAGAUCAAAUAUCUAAAAUUAUAAUUUAUCUGUUCCUCUUGUAAUGUCAAAGAAACUUAGGAACAGAGCUGGGCACACAUCUGUUAAUCUGUUAAUUAUAACUCAUAAUUAGGUUGUAAUCUGGACAUUAAUCUGAAAAACGAAAACUUUAACUACACCAUAGUUUUAUAAGCAAGAGCAUGUAGCCUCCUUUACCUCAGAGUUUAUUGGACAACCAGCCAAAAAGCCAGGGGUGCUUUUAUUGUGAAAGGCUGCUCCCCUUCCAUGAAGUUUUGUAUUUCCAGAGCUCUGCAAGAGUGAAACUUAAAUGCCUCUAUUGGUUGUGGAUUUGAAGCAAACCCUGGAUCUUUAUGGAUGAAAUUUGUUUGGAUUUAAGCCUGAUUUACACUUCUGUUUAUCCAUGCCUAUGCUGAGGGUCCCUGAAGCUCUGUAGGAGCCUAUGCAUGGCGACUUAAACAAAAGUGUCACCAAGAGUCAAAGCAACACAGACCACACGCCCUGUGAUUGGUCGACUGGGUAGCACUGGAUAACCGCCGGCCUCUGAGUGAUGUACUUUAGAGCACUCAUUCCAAAAGCCUGGGUUGGGACCCAAGAGAUUUUAUUUGUGUGGCCAAAUGAAUUUUAGCUCCAUCCUAUGAAUAGUAACCCACCUUCUCCACCAUAAUAAAACAUUAAAGAAGGUUUUACCAGCCACCGUAUGGUAAACGAGCACAGUUAUGGAUCCCUAGCCAAUAGAAAAGAAACUCACUGUCCCAGACCAGACAGCCAUUAGCAUGCAAUGAAAUCCCAUGUGACAGAGGUAAAGAUACCCCUCCCAGGCUCCUAAAACAGAGAGUGCCAGGUCAGGACCAGAUUGAGUCUGGAAUUAAAUUAUCCAAGGUGGCACUGGCCAUCAGCUCAACCAACCUAGGAUGUCGCAGAUGUCAGACUUGUUAAGCAAUAGCAGACAGAAACCAAAGUUGUUGGGUCACAAUGGCCUGCUUCUGAGAAAAAGUGGGUAUCUGGAAAAAAAAGUUUGGGAAACAGCUUUAGAGCAGUGAUUCCUAACAUUAUUUCCCCGAAACACCUCUACUCGUAUAUGGAAAAACAGGAUGCAUUGCUGUCAAAACUUACUUAAAUUUUACAUUUUUUCAUCAAUGAAAUCCCAAAAUAUUAAGCCUAAACACAACUUUUCCUACCAGAAGACCAUUGUGGAAAAUUUCCAUUAUGUGUGCCUUUUUAAAUACUUUGAGAUCUGAACAAAUUUCCGUUUGACAACCUCAGAGCAGACCGGUAAAUCGCCCCUGACACACCAAGAUCUUAGGCGCCCAAGACCCAAGGUUGGAGAACGAUGCUCUAGAGAAGUGGUUCUCAACUGGUCAGACAUCACGACCCACCUCCUUACAAGAAUUGCAACCCAAAUUUUGGAAAAUUUGCAACCACUAUAAUUUUUUUAUUGAAAAAUGUUGAAGUUUGGACCCCAUUGGAACUAAGUAUAACUGGAUAAGAAAACAAAACAUCUUUAAAAAGCAAAUCAUUACAGGAGGACUUGCAUGCUUACUUCUUUUACUUUUUUUCCCCAAGACAUUUAGUUAAAAUUUGGUAAUUUUUUUAGCAACAUCUUCCUAACUUGGGAAAACUAGCUUUAUUAUCCAAAGAAAGGGAGAUAAAUAAGAAGAAAUCUUGGGACAAAUACUAAAAUUUACUCAUCAUCAUAGGAAAAAAAUGUUUAAAAAGCUGUAUUAAUCUACUGUAUAUCCACUUUGGGCUUCCGUACAUAGACUUUUUACAUUUUUUUUCUAUUGGCAAACAUUCCAACACUCGAGAGCACUGGCUCGCAAUAAAAUUGAUUUAACUAGAGUAUUGAUCUUAUUUGGUACAAAAUAUGACUGAACUAGGAGACAGGAAAAAAACGCCAUUAUAAAAGCCCUAACUUUAUAUGCAUUCAUACAUUUUCCAUGAUAAGGUGUACAUUUUUUAUGUUUUCUAGAGAUUAUUGGAAACUAAAAUAUUAAAAAAAGAAAACCAGUGUUGGUUUCCUUACAAAAUGAGUUGAACAAGUUUAGAUGUGAAGAAAAUGACCAAAAUAUGUUUGUUUUCAUGGGGAAAAUAAUACAAUCAAAUGUACAGAGAUAUUUUGCCUAAGGUCUUCCAUGCAUCAUGGACUUUUGGCCGCAAUUUUCCAGGACCACCUUUGCAACCCACUGAAAACGGCUCUUUUGGGUCUGACCAAUUUAGAAGCACUGCUCUAAGAGGAGAUAAAAGGAUGCAGACGGCCAUAAAACAAGUCAAAUCUACUUGCGAACAUCUGAACACAUCAGACAUGCAUUUCAACAAAAUGCAAAUGGGUUCUAAACUUGCCCCCGUCCUCUGCCUCCGUUGGUUUAGUGGCCGUACGUUCCAUCUCCUUCGAUGUUUUUUCUCUUUUCGUCUUUGCCGUAACGUCAGCUGCUGCUCAGUAUUUAUCAUUCCUGCAUAAUCAUGUCAGUUUCAAUAGUUUGGUGAACACAAACAAGCAGGAAAUGUGGCAGCAAGAAGUGGCAUGAAAUUCCCACAUCAAAAUAGCAUUUGAGCGGGGUGUUGCAGAGUGGCAUGGACUCACUGAUGCAUACAUUUUAGCGCUCAUAGUGGCAUCAGCCCAUAGAUAGACAGUGAUUCAAUGAAGAUGAAUAAACCAGGCUUAAAUCCUUUACUAGAUUUGGAUCUUGGGGACCCUUUCUGAUCCAGCAGGACGGUUUUGUUAAAAUUUAUGAUUAGGAGAGCAGCUAACGGAAAGUUCAACCACUCUACAAACUGUGUUUUCAGUGGUCUGAUGGAUGCGUAGGUUGUGGCUGCUGUGUUGGCUUGUUCUCAGAAAAACAAGAAUCAGAACUUUUUAGCAUUGUUCUGCAUGAUGCUUACACAUGAGUUUAUAGCAGAAGUGUAAAAUAACCAUUACAAUGUGGAGAAAACACACUGGCAGCCCAGAGUUGGUCUGAUGGACUUUGAACAGGGUUGGACGUUAAGGUUGAUAUUAAAAACGGGGGGCAUUUUAAACAGAAUUAGUAGACUUACAAAGUUAACAGAUUAACAGAUAUAUUUUUAAUAAGCUGUGCCCAUCUCUGCAUAGAAUAAAUUAAUUACACUCUCCAAAGGGAGAAAAUAUUAAUUUAUAGACUGACCCCACGACACUUAACGUAAUGUGACUUAAUCAUCUGAUCUUUAGAGUCCUUUGAGGUUUAAGGAGGGAUUUAAACACUUUAAUGUUGAGGCAAUCUGACCAUACAGGGCUGGUGAAUGAACUUGAUGACUGAUUGGACGCAGAGCUUCAACAUUUUUUUAGCCUAUUGUAAAUGGAGGGGGACCACUGUGUAACUGACUGCUGGAAUAUAUUGUAGUUUGUUUGAGGGAGAAGAUGGUACAAAUCACUGUUAGGGCUUUUUUUUUGUUUGUUUGUUUGUUUGUUUGUUGUCUUUUCUGAUUUGUGUAGAAUUAACCUGAUAGGUUGCAUUGUUGUCUUGGCAAUCACCACACCAACCUCAGGCGCUGUGCUAAACUUUCCUCUCAGUGUCUUUUCAUUUCACUGUUAAGCCUUUAAUCCAAACGUCAACACAGCUCAGAUGUUACAUUUUUAUGCACUAUGAUAACAUUUCUAAUCGUUUAUGUUUAUGCAGACGCUGCACACAUCUUAAAACAUUACUCUAAAGGGAGUUCCUGUACUUUUUACACUGGACCCUAUUUCUACAUACUUUGGGCUCUAAAUCAGUGGUUCCCAACCUUUUUUUCCUCUCUAAUAGUAUCAGAAAAGCAAAGCCCCUCCAGUAACCACGGGGAAAAAUAAAACAUCAAUUUUAAUUGUUUCAAUUAGAAAACUCCAACAUAAUAUCCCUACAUACAUGUGUUCUUGACUGAUCUAUAUAUAAACAAUCCAUUAUUAUGACACCUUUUUAGGCCAACUUCAUUGAAAAUUGCAAUAAUAAAGAGGAUCUAGUGGUUUUCAAGGAAAAAAAAGAAAACUCUCAAGUGAAAAGACAUUCAUUUAUAAGAAAAACAUAUCAUUCUUUGUCUUUCAAGACUGUUAAUGUAAUUGAACGAAAAAUGAUUGAAGUUUUCAAAAUUUAAGACUUUUUAGACUCAGAAAUUCCAAGUUAAUCUUGUACAUUUAUGACUUUUUAAAAUCUGAAAUUUUGAGGGUUUUUUUUCUUGUAAACAAACAAACAACUUUAUUAUCUCAAAUAUUUACAUGC